UCAAGUUGGCGUGGUUUCCAAUCGUCCACAGCACAAAUAGAUUUGGCACAGUGAAGCAUUCGAAGAAAACAUGAACCUAAAUGAUUUGCCUGAAGAAGUUUUAUGCCAGAUUUUCGACAAGCUCGAUCUGUGCGAACUUAAGCUAGCGUCGCUCGUGUGCCGUCGGUGGGCGGAACUUACUUUUUCCGGCCAAAGGAUGAACCGUGUUUGGUUGGUGCAGCCUGAAGGCGGAUGGAAACUGGUGUUAAACACCCGCAGGAGCUAUCGCAACAUUCUUCAACGUAUUUGGCCGACCGAUAGUCGGUUUGAAAGUUUAGCACAGUUAUUGCGCAUUCUAAAGCCGCACGUCCGAAUGUUGGACAUGCGAUGUAGCAUUACUUUCCAACAACUGCGAUGCGUUCUUCAGGAAGUUCCUGAACUACAACGUUUUGAGGCUUCAGUUUUAAGUAGCCGCUUUAACGUUCCCGCUUUAACCACGAAUGAACCGUUCCCGGUUUUAACGAAGCUAAAAUGCCUCAAGGUGCACCUAUUAGAAGGCAAUCACUUUGAUUUCUUCCGAAUGAAUGUGCCAAAUUUGCACAGUCUUACCAUGAGAUGCGGGACAGAUCUCGAACUGAAAGCAUGGAGAUACAUGAGUGGGCAGCUAAAACUCGUUUUCAUUUAUGUGUCAAAUUCAACUUAUUGUUCUCAAUUUCUCGAGCUGACGUUCCCACAUCUGGAGGAUUUUACCAUGGAAGAAACUAAUUUUAUGAGGAGUGAAGAGAUAACUUCAAUGAGAGGUUAUGAUUUUUUUCGAAGACACUCCUUGCUUCUAAGACUCUCCGUCUCAGUGCGCAUUCCAGCAGCAUGGAUUCGAAGCAUUAGUAGCUACUGUUCUGAACUCACGUAUCUGUCCCUUACUUUGGACAAUCUGGAAGAAGGUAUUUUAGAAUCGCUGGUGCAACUAACUAAACUGCGGCAUCUUUCACUUCGCGCAAUGGAGUUUAUAUACCUAGAUAGAAGACACUACUCCGAACAGGAAACAAAACUGUUUCGCGGAACCCUCAAAUCGCUCGAAUCAGUUAAAUUGACAAUACAUCCCAUUCGCGUUUUUCUCGAGUACCUUUUCGAAGCUGCGCCACAAUUGAAGUGUCUGGAAAUCGGCUUCCACAAUUUUUGCGAUGACCUUCAAGCAUUGGAUUGUCAAUUCAUCUGCGAGAAGUUUUCCUGUCUACGACGCUUAGUACUAGACGUGAAGUUUGUGCCACCAGACGCAUACCCACACGACCAUUCUGUUAGAAUUGAUCUUCCAGAACAUCUGCAGGAGCUUCAAAUGAGGUGCGGCUUUUGCUUUCGUUACAUGCAUGGCAAAAAUGUCCGGUGGUUGAGAAUAGUAGCUUUAUACAUGUUUACGGACCAUGAUCUUAACGAAAUACCGGAGAAGUUCCCUUUACUAAAGCGACUGAUCAUCGUAAAUUGUCACACGUUGUCUAUGGCUGGUGUCGAACGGCUACAUGAAUUGAUGCCCUCAUGUAGAAUCGACUUCGAUUCGCACCGUUUCUAUCCAUAUCAAGUUUUUCCAUAAGUGCGUCGUUCGAUUCGUAAAGAGCACGUUACUCGUAGAGCACACAAA